AUGCCUACGGAAGCUGGUCACCGAUUAUACGUCAAGGGUCGCCACCUGAGCUACCAGCGCAGCAAGCACGCCACCAACCCUGGAACGAGUCUGAUUAAGAUCGAGGGCGUUGAUGAUACCAAUGCGGCCAACUUCUACCUCGGAAAGAAGGUAGCCUACAUUUACAAGGCUUCCACGGAGAAGAGGGGCACCAAGAUCCGAGUUAUCUGGGGCAAGGUCACCAGGCCACACGGCAACUCUGGCGUCGUCCGUGCCAAGUUCACUCGUCCUCUUCCCUCGAGAUCGUUCGGUGCUUCUGUCCGCAUUAUGCUUUACCCUUCGUCGAUAUAA